AUGUUGAAAAGAAAUAAAGCAAAUGUUGUAAAUAAUACUGAAGUAGCUGAAGUUAAACAAACUCCAACGCCUUCACAAGCAAAACCUUCAAUGACUCCUGAACCUAUGAAAGUACAAACUCCUGUUCAAAAGUCAACUCCUAAACCGACUCCAACAUUUAAACCAGAACCUACUCCUCAAAUAAAUCGUAAAACUCCUGCGUUUCCUUACUGA